UGCUUUUUCUAUUCGUUUUAUGUUUUUUACAUUUUGAGUAACAAAAGAAAAAUCUCUUAAAGAGAACGAAACUUCACAAUGGAGAUAAAUUAUGACACAAAAGAAACUGAAAUGUGUUGAUUGGUGAUGAUAAUGACAUUAUGAGUAAACUGAUUAUAAGCCAUUCAUUAGAUACGUUCUUUUGUGGUGUUCAGUUUGCUGUUAUCUUUUAGCUGGCUCUCCUGUUUUCGUAGGAUCAGAAAGAAAAAGAAGAAGAUAAGAAAGAUAAUUUCUAUAAAGUUAGAAUACGUAAAAACAGAGAGAGAAAAAGAUCGCGCUUCCUACAGAUACGAAAUUUUUAUAUGACAAAAAAUCAUGCAGGAUACUAAAAGUACCAUUAUCAAACCGAAAGAUCCAAUAAAACGAUUUGAACAUCUAAGGAAUGCUAAGCCAUCAUCAGUCAUGAUUCGAGCAACACCUAACUCUGUUCGAUGGGAUGAAAUCAAUCGUGUGCAAUACAGAUUCCAAGCACUAAAUUUUCAUAGUGAUGUUUUGGAAGCAUUAAUACACAACUCACCACCUCUUUCCAGAAGGGAGCGAGCAUUGACAUCCCCUUCCAAGAAAGUGAACCAAAGUAGCAGCUGCAGCAAUGAAGCAGAUGCCGAAUCUGAUAAAAAGGACCUUGCAAUGCAUGCCCGUGUAAGAUGCAUUCGACGAAGUGCAUCUUUCGAUGCCUCUAACACAUUAAAAAACGAUUAUUUAAGUAAACGAAAAGGUUCUGUAGUACAGAUAUUAAAAGACGAUACAAGUGAUUAUAACAGCGAUGAGGACGUAUUUCCAAAAUCCGAAAGUGGCUCCUUGGAAAAAAUAAACUAUAAUGCAACACUUUGUCAUGUUGAGAAUAGACAUAUAACAGAGACAACCCAGAUACAAGUGACACAUGUUAUACCUGAAGAAAGAAGCAAUACAAAUGCAAGUUUCACUUCUUCACCUGAUACAGUGGAUGUACAUCAACCUGUGUUUAUUCCAACUGUAACUCAUGUAACAGCGUGCUGUCAUUCUAAUGUGGAGCAAACAAAUGUGGAGAAUGAAGACUUAGCUGAAAAAUCAAAGGAGGAGUUGAUUAUGAUGGUAAAAAAGUUGCAGGGGCAGCUUAGUCAUACAGAAAAUGAAACUACAUCAAACACUUUCUUGCCAACUGUGCAAUUACAAACACCUUGUUCACCUGAAUCAACUGAAAAACAAGAAAAUGAUGUUGACGAAAGCCCUAAAUUUUCAGUCUCUGUGCUGAUUAAUAAUUUUGAAAAGCCCAAGAAUGUAAAUACAAAAUCAAAUGUAACUCAACUUCAGAUUUCACCUAUGUCACCAAGUGGUCGUGUUAGAACUUUAUCUGCUAAUUUUGAAGAAGAAUUUAAAAAAACUUCUAGUGUACCAACCUCACCAGUAGUUGGUAAGCGACUACAAAAUAGACCUUUUCACAAUGUACCAUGAUUUACAUUCAGUUGUAAUUGAUGACGGAUAAAGCAGAAGAGUAUGAAGAUUCACAUAUCGAGUGGGUGUAUUCUUUGGAAGAUAAGAAGUGUUAAUCACAAGAUACUAUAAAACUUUCGUUUCUUGAAAGUUGUAAAUUUGAUCUUAUGUAAAAUUGUAAUUAAUAAAUUGUAUCUACAAGAAUUUAUGUUCUAUAAAAAUUGUUAUAGCGUUAUUGACAACUCGGUUUUUUACUGAUAAAAUUCUGUUAUUUUUUGUUGUUUUUACGUUUUGUUUUGGAACUAUUUUUCACGUUAACCCCGGGUAACAACCGUUCUUGCGCAUAAAAAUUAGUUUAUGUUGUCUGUAAAAUCUGAAACUUUAAACAGAGAGAAGGGACAGUUUUGUUAAUUCAACCAAAUUCUCCUUUAUGCUGGGCAUAAAGGUGAAUUUGGUAUGAUAUAUGACAAAAUUGAGCCUUUAAACUGUUAUAGGCUGAAUGACAGUGUACAAUGCAGAAAAAACUUCUGUGGUGUAAUUUACUAUUUUUGUAUUUUAUAGGGAUUUGAAUUUGUUCAUUUUACUUUUUUUAUGAUGUUAAUUAUUUCAACAAUGAUGGCUGAUGGAAAUGCUUACAAAAGUAUUUCAAAAAUUUACAUUGUGCUCAACUUUUUGUUGCUUUAAAAAGAAGUUGUUAUAUUUCAAAAUAUAUACAUACCUUUUAGACGUAAAAACCAGCGUCACUUUCUCAGGUAUUUCAGUUCUGACGCCAAUUUAUUACCGUCAUUUUAUUGCCGUCAUUUUAUUGCCGUCAUUUUAUUGGCGUCGUCUCACCACAUUGUAAUUUAUGAUUAGUCUUUAUUAUGUUCUUGGACAAAGUCAAUGAUAUAUAGUGGUGGAAAAAUAUUUAUGUGUACUCACGUGGUUAUAUAUAGAAUCCUCUUGAUUAUGACGUUUUAUUAAAACAUAUUGUACAUAAAGUUGACACAAAUAGAAGAAUUUUUCAUAUAUUAAA